CGACGGAAGUGCUGCCCAACGCGCCAGAUCGCUGACGGGUGAUAAUUUAGACUCUCUCGGCGUAAACGGCAGCGUUACGGAUAACUGUUUGCAAGGACCCCUGUCUCACGUGGAAUCGCGAGUGCGCUGAACUCUCCGAAAUCCAACUUCUUCAGCAAGUGUGCAGUUCAACUGAAUAGGAGAAGCGGAGUGCGGAUGAUGAAGAACAGAAGUGGCAGCGGAGUUGACAAGAGACUCAGACAGAGGGUUGAGCAGUACCUCAGCACACAUGACAGCCAGUAUGUUGACCUUGUCACAGUUGCAGCAGACCUGCAGAAACUUUACAGAAUGGAUUAUGGGCGUCGGAAUAAAACGGCUUUUAGGAUUCAGGUGGAAAAAGUGUAUGGAGUGAUAUGUGGUGAGUCAGGCAUUGUGGGUCUGGAGAACAAGCACUUGGCCAAAAGAGCCAGGCACAGCCAGGACCCUGAAAUGGAUGACGACAGUGACACGGACAAAAACUCUUCAGACAGCGAAGCAGACGUUCCUGAUAAUCCGUUCACAAAUCACAUGAACAACUCGCUGAUGUCCCUGUACCGGAAAGGGGCCCCAGAGAGCGGUACUCCACAGAGAGAGAAGCCUACGGGUGGUUCUGUUGCAAACAGCACUGCUGUUUCAGCCACCAAAGUGUCCAGUGGAGGCUGGUUCAUUGAUAAGGGUCGUGGCGCAGAGGACGACAACAUCCUCAUUGACCUGUGUGAGGAAGAUGCCGGAAGCCCUGUGCAGAAGCAAACUGAUGUGUCGAUGCUAGAGGCAGAGAAGAAACCAAAGAAGAACCGAGUGAAAAGAGGAAAAAGGAGGAAGGAGGGAGAGCUGCUGGUUGCUGAUGGAGUGAUAGAGUCCAGUGUAAAGGAUGCAAAAGCGAGAACGAAAGCGCCAGAACUGCAGCAUCCCAGUGUGACGUUUGAGGAUAUUGGUGGAAAUGAGGAGAUGUUGAAGGAAGUGUGCAAGUUGCUCAUCCACAUGAGGCACCCGGAGGUGUACCAGCAGCUCGGCGUGGUUCCCCCACGUGGGUUCCUCCUGCAUGGCCCACCUGGCUGUGGGAAGACUCUGCUUGCCCACGCUGUGGCUGGGGUGAGUAGUGUUAGUGCCAUUACUAGGUCUGGAGACCCAUGCUUUGCGUAUUCCACGUCACUUCUCUCCUAGGGUCUGUGAGGUGACUAAGAUUUCUUGCACAUGUUUAUGCAGGAGAUGGCGCUGCCUCUGCUGAAGGUGUCUGCCCCAGAACUGGUGUCAGGGGUGUCUGGGGAGUCAGAGCAGAAGCUGCGGGAGCUUUUUGAACAGGCAGUAACCAAUGCACCAUGCAUCUUAUUCAUCGAUGAGAUUGAUGCUAUCACCCCUAAGAGGGAGGUAGCAUCCAAGGACAUGGAGAGGAGAAUUGUGGCUCAACUGCUUACUUGCAUGGAUGACCUGAACUCGCUGGCGGUCACUGCACAGGUACUGGUCAUAGGUGCCACCAAUCGGCCAGACUCCUUGGACCCAGCGCUCCGCAGGGCAGGUCGCUUUGACCGGGAGGUCUGCCUGGGCAUCCCCGAUGAAGGGGCCCGCCUCAGGAUCUUGAAAACUCUUUGCCGCAAGCUCACCCUCCCCACAGACUUUGACUUUCAGCUGCUCGCUCGCCUCACCCCAGGCUACGUGGGGGCUGACCUAAUGGCGCUUUGUCGCGAAGCAGCUAUGAAUGCUGUGAACAGGGCAUUAUUUCAGCUCAAGCAGAAGGAUUUGCAGGUGAACACAUCUGAACCCCUGACCCAAAACGGAUUGCUCUCACCAGCUCAGGUGGUUGCAGCACAGGACAGUAAUACCUCUGCGCCCGAGGCACAGAUCCUUCACACUUUGUGUCCAGGAUCACAUGAGAUAACUGACAUGAGUCUUCCUGAGGAAGGAGCCCUGCCCACUUUGGCAACCACUCCUGCACAGGAUGAGCUGUGCAGCCUUCUGUCUCUCCUGAAGAGCGAUACUGCCCUUUCUGGGGAGCAGCUAUCAAACCUUUGUAUCCUCAUGUCGGAUUUCCAGGAAUCCUUGUCUUGCGUGCAGCCCUCAGCCAAGAGGGAAGGCUUUGCAACCGUGCCUGAUGUCACAUGGGCCGACAUUGGUGCUCUGCAGGACAUCCGCGAGGAGCUCACCAUGGCCAUCCUGGCUCCAGUUCGCAGUCCAGAGCAGUUUAAGGCCUUGGGCCUCACUGCUCCUGCAGGGGUACUGCUUGCCGGACCCCCCGGCUGUGGGAAGACCCUGCUUGCUAAGGCUGUUGCCAAUGAAUCGGGUUUGAACUUCAUCUCAGUAAAAGGACCAGAGCUGCUGAACAUGUACGUUGGAGAGAGUGAACGGGCUGUCCGGCAAGUAUUUCAGAGAGGCCGGAACUGCCCCUGUGUCAUUUUCUUUGACGAGAUUGAUGCUCUUUGUCCUCGUCGCUCUGGGCAUGAGUCUGGGGCCAGUGUUCGCGUUGUCAACCAGCUUCUCACAGAGAUGGAUGGCUUGGAGACUCGUCGGCAGGUCUUCAUAAUGGCUGCCACUAACAGGCCAGAUAUCAUUGACCCUGCAGUGCUCCGACCAGGUCGCCUUGACAAGACCCUGUAUGUGGGCCUGCCCCUUCCAUCUGACAGGCAUGCCAUCUUACUUACAGUGACAAAGGGUGGUAUGAGGCCUCCGCUGGAGGCAGAUGUCAACCUGGAAGAGAUUGCCUACGAUGAGCGCUGUGACUGUUUCACGGGGGCCGACCUGUCAGCACUAGUGAGAGAGGCCUCUGUAAAUGCUCUCAGGGCUCAUCUGGACUCCUGCUCCACAGAUCACACUUUUUCUUCAAACUCUGUGGUGGAUAUAAGAGUCAGCAGACAGAACUUUGAAGAUGCCUUCAAAAAAGUUCGCCCAUCUGUAUCCAAAAAAGACCAGAGAAUGUAUGAGCAGCUGAAGGACUCACUGAUGAGAUGAGUCAGUGCUGGUGGGCAGCAUACAGUGGGUGCACUCAUUCACACCAUCCAGAAAAUCAGUUCUGCAGGAGUCCUUUGUGUACAAGAUGUUUUUUUU